UUAUUAGGUCCUAGCAGAUCACAAUAAGAAUACCCGGUACCCAAAAAAAUCAUACAGCUAACUAAAGUUUUGACAAAAAAAUCAUACCGUAGAUGGGGGUAACUAAAGCCUACGGGGAAAUUAAAGCCAUUAUAGCAGGUAAUUUUUGGAUGGUGAUAGUGGCAGCACUGUUUGGAUUCAACAGCUGAUGUUGUAUUCUUCUAAUAGGAACUUGGACUGCUUUCCAAAUACUUGUCUGGAUUAUUAAAACAAUAUCUCGGACUAAAAAUGCCUCGAAACCCAAAGAAGAAGCUUGGUAGCCGGAAGUAUAAGGAUUACACAGAUGAAACACUGAAAAUAGCUGUAGAAGAAGUGAAGAAAGGGUCAUCUUUAAGAAAGAUUGCUGAGAAAUUUGCUAUAUCAAGAUUUGCUCUCACUGCUGCCCUGAAAGGUAAGGUUAACAAAUGUGGUAGGCCUCCAGUUCUUAAUUCUGAAGAAGAAAGAAGAUUAGUUGAAUCUAUAAGCAUGGCCGGAGAGUGGGGAUUCCCUCUUACAGCACUAGACAUAAGACUAAUAGUGAAAGGUUACCUGGAUCGGUGUGGCCGAAAUGAAGUUAGGUUCAAAAACAAUAUGCCUGGAGUUGAUUUUAUUGACAGUUUUCUCAAAAGAAACAGUAAAGAUCUUUCCAAACAGUUGGAUCAAAACAUUAAAAGAAGUCGAGCGGCUAUCAGUAGAGACAUUGUGAAUAACUACUUUAAUGAACUAGAAAAGACAUUAAAGGAUGUUGAUCCAUCAAUGAUAGUAAAGGAGAACUUAAACCUGAUAUUUACCUUAUUGUUGAGCUCAUCUUUGAUAAGAACACAAAAAAAGAAACUACCAAACAGUUCUAUGGAGUCAUUCUUAGAACUUGUUUUGAGAAGAAUGAAGUUACAGUAAAGUUUUUCAGAAGAAGCUCCAAAUCAAAAAGAAAUGACUAUAUAUUUCCAAAUGUUGAUGACGAAAUGGACAUUCAGUUAACAGUUGUCAUUUCAAUUGUGAAACCAUCCAAAGUAAACAGAGAACGUUAUACUUUUCCUUAUGAACUACUGGUAAAGCACUGAUUUCAACAAGACCUAUUUUAAAUAAUAUUUUUGUCUUUUUUUAAUGUUUUUCUUAAAUAAUAAAGCUUUUUUCUUGUCAAUAGUGGUUCUUUAUUGUUACAGAUGCAUGAUUUAUGGAUUUAGUUACCCUAGCACUCUCUAACUAAAGCCAAACAUUGCUUUUUAAUGGAUGGCUUUUGUUACCCCUUUUCCAGGGGUAACUAAAGCCACCAUGUUUUC